AAUCAUAUCUACGGAAUAGAAUAACGUUGUGAUUCACUCACUCUUCUAUUUUCCAACUUUACAAUUUCAUUUCAGAUAGCUUCUUGACUCGUUACUGACUCACUCAAUGGCUGACCGAGUUCACCCCAGCCACUCGCCUUCCGUUUCCGCCGAUUCACAACCGCCAUCGCCUCAAGACUCCCCCGUCGUUCCGAAACCGCCGUCGCCACCGUCACCGGAGAAGCCAGUGCCUCCGCCUGGAACCUACGUCAUCAAGAUCCCCAAGGAUCAAGUCUACCGCGUCCCUCCGCCGGAGAACGCUCGCCGCUACGACCAAUACGCUCGCCGUAAACACCGCCGGAGCCGAUGCUGCUGCUGCUUCUGCUGGCUCAUCGGAAUCCUCUUCAUUCUCGUCGUGCUCCUCGCCAUCGCCGCCGGCGUCCUCUACCUCGUUUUCCGUCCCGAGGCGCCGAAAUACUCCAUCGAAAACAUCACCGUCAGAGGAAUUAACCUCACCUCGCCGUCGUCCGUGGCGGCGAUCUCGCCGGAGUUCAACGUCACCGUCAAGGCCGAUAACCCUAACGACAAGAUCGGGAUCCGUUACUUGAAGGAUAGCUCCGCCGAGGUGUUUUAUAAGGACGCGAGGCUGUGUAACGGCGCUCUGCCGGCGUUUUAUCAGCCGUCAAACAACGUGACGGUGUUUGGGACGGCGUUAAGGGGUGACGGAAUCGAGCUGAGGAGCGAGGACCGAAGAGCGUUGCUGGAAGCGCAGACCAAACGGAGAGUGCCGUUGACCGUUAGGAUUAGGGCACCGGUGAAAAUAAAAGUGGGGUCCAUUAGGACGUGGAAGAUUACCGUCAAGGUGAACUGUGAUGUGACGGUGAAUGAGUUAACGGCGCAGGCCAAGAUUGUUUCUAAACGUUGUACUUAUGACGUGGAUCUUUGGUGAAGGAAACGGUGACAACAGAGGGUGUUUUUUUUUUUUUUUUUUUUUCGUUUAUAGAUAUAGGACCGAAAUAUUGGAGAUUAUACAAAUUUUCGUAUACAUUAAUGUUACAUUGUAGCGCAUUUAUUGAUACGCGUACGCCAUGUAUCUUAGGAUUUGAUUUGGUUUUGUGCAUAUGUCAUGUGAUUUUUAUUGAAUGAUAAAGUAAGUAAUUUCAUUGUUCA